AUGCUGGCCGCCCUGCUCUACCACCCUGCUCUGCAGCCCUGCUCUGCACCCAUGCUCUGCAGCCAUGCUGGCCGCCCUGCUCUGCAGCCAUGCUGGCCGCCCUGCUCUGCCGCCCUGCUCUGCCACCCUGCUCUGCAGCCCUGCUCUGCAGCCAUGCUGGCCGCCCUUCUCUGCAGCCAUGCUCUGCAGCCCUGCUCUGCAGUCAUGCUGGCCGCCCUGCUCUGCAGCCAUGCUGGCCGCCCUGCUCUGCAGCCAUGCUGGCCGCCCUGCUCUGCCGCCCUGCUCUGCCACCCUGCUCUGCAGCCCUGCUCUACAGCCAUGCUGGCCGCCCUUCUCUGCAGCCAUGCUCUGCAGCCCUGCUCUGCAGCCAUGCUGGCCGCCCUGCUCUGCAGCCCUGCUCUGCAGCCAUGCUCUGCCGCCCUGCUCUGCAGCCAUGCUGGCCGCCCUGCUCUGCCGCCCUGCUCCGCAGCCAUGCUGGCCGCCCUGCUCUGCAACCCUGCUCUGCCGCCCUGCUCUGCAGCCAUGCUGGCCGCCCUGCUCUGCCGCCCUGCUCUGCAGCCAUGCUGGCCGCCCUGCUCUGCCGCCCUGCUCUGCAGCCAUGCUGGCUGCCCUGCUCUGCCGCCCUGCUCUGCUGCCCUGCUCUGCUGCCCUGCUCUGCAGCCAUGCUGGCCGCCCUGCUCUGCCUCCCUGCUCUGCCGCCCUGCCCUGCAGCCGGAUGCAUCUUGCGGGAGAUGGAAGAGAGAGAAUCCCCUGCAGCUCCAGAGACGUCGGCUGCUGAGCCAAAGGCCACCACCCUGA